AUGGCAGAUCUAGCUAAGAUUAACUACGAGACGGUCAGAAAUCUUGAACUUUUGGUUCCAUCCGUGGAGGUUUCAAGUUUGAAUAGUCUUGUAUCAAGUGGCCAGGUUCUCUCUGAGUUUAGUCCUGUCCAGCGAAAGCAGAUUUUGCUCAGAUUACGCUCUUUUGAUGACCGCAUUCCGUCGUUAUUCUCAUUCUUCGAAGAUUUUAAAUGUUUUGAAAAAUGGGCACAUUGUGUGCAUCGUCUUUUUGAGCUGAAUGGUCACACUGUUCGACAGAGAAUGGACCGGGAAUGGAGACCCAGAUCAUUCUAUAUAGAGACCGGGGAGAAUGCCUAUUCCGAAGGAAAUCCCGCGGGGUCCGAUGGAUUCGACUUAGCAUACCGACAGAUAUGGCUCUUUGCGAUGCGCCACUACCCGGACAUACCCCAGAGCAGCAAGAAGGAACCCCAAUAUGUGGGUUCGCUGCAGAGCGAAGUAGACGAGAAUAUCCUAGCUAAUAUGGCAAAACUGGCAUCUAAGCUCGGGUUUCAGUCCAGCAAAAUUCACGAUCUUCUUGAGAGGUCACCAGACCAUCUUAUGGCUAAGCAGGCCUUACUCAAAGCGCGCAAAAAAGGCCAAUUCUCGUAUGAUGAGCAUAUUUUUGAGUCACUGGUUGAACGGGUUGUAGAGUGCUUCAAUGCAGCGACACCGAAAAGCCAUGAUAUCUCUGAGAGACAGCAACUCCAGACUAACCGAAAGCAUCGCUGUGGACACCCUGUCAAAUCCCAAUUUCUUAGCUGUUCUCGAUCUUUGUUUCUCACUAAGAUGCAUUGGAAUUGGCUGAUGCCCGCAAAUGUAACAGCAUUGCUCGUGCAGCGGAGUAUAUAUCUAGCUUUUUUUGGGCCAUUAUCAAGUGGCUCAAAUGGUAAUCAAACUCGACGCGGUGACGGUGCAGGCGACAUACGACCCGCAGACGAUAACAUCAACGGAGGUGCAGCGGAUGCUCUACCAGCUCGCGCACAUAAUAGAGCAGAUCGGUAUACACCCAGAAACGCCAAUCAAAGAUAUGGGCGGGGUCAGCCCGGAAGAAGGAAUAAACCAGGUGAAAUGCUCGCUUCAGAUGGCAAAGCCUAUGCGGUGAUGGAUAUAGGCUCUAGAUAUGAAGGUUCCUCUCGAUUCUAUGACGCUGCAGUGGAUAGUAUGAUGAAUGAUAUCAUAGACCAAGAGGCAUUGUCACGGAGCGCAGUAGACUGCCAACCAUCGGUGACGUUUGUGACAGCCAAUACCAGAGAUAGGCCUGCACUUGAAAGAGUAUCUCAUCUCAACGCCGCCGAGGAUACCAUGAUGAAUGAUGUUCUUGACGAAGAAGCUUCACCACCCAGAGCAACAUACCUCCCGUCAUCGAAGACAUUACAUGAAGUGCCUUCUCGUCUCAACACUGCGCAGGAAGGCAUAAUAUAUGACGUUCCUAACCAAAAAGCCUCGCUACAGAUACAAGAAACCCACCCAUCGUUGAGGACACAAUACGAAGGGUCGUCCCCCCUUAACGCCGCGGAGGAUGAUAUGAUCAAUAGUCUUCUAGAGCAAGAAACAUCAUUAAACAAACCAUCUAGCGCCAAAUCACUUCAGAAUGUUUCUGAGUGGAAUAUUCCAGCCUCACCCAACCAGUAUUCAAGGUCUGAUGUCUCCUCGUCAUACAAGAAUCAGCAACGAGCGCAAACUUUACAUCAGCUUCAGGAACAAUCAGGGUUCUCUGAGCCACUUCUCCCAGGGAUUAUGCAGCACUUCAGAUCACAAGCUGUCCCUGAAAGCAUUAUAACAAACAACAAAUCUCGACCUCUUUCAUCCUACUCUGAACAGUCCUGGGAGACCCCAUCUAUGGCAUCUCGGUUGACUGAUGACAAAUUAUUCAAGGGCAGGUUAGGAGAGAUUUAUCAUUGGGAAACUGGAAGGUGGCAUAUGAUCUUCAAACUUUCAUUAGAUGAAAAGGAGAGCGUAGAGGCGGCAUUUGAAAGAUACCAAAAUGAGCGAUACCAAAACGAGCACCUACUUAUUUUUGAUCGUAACUUGCGAAUAGUCAGUAAGAAUUCAAUUUGGCGAGCUUUGAAGAAAGAGGGCAUACUGUUACUGGUUCCAAGGAAAUUGAGAAGCGACGUCGGCAGACGGAUAAAAGCUCCCUUUUAA